CGACAUGCUUCAUCACCAGCUUCAAGGCCAUCCGAACAUGUGUGGGUCAUCCGAUCGGCAAAUCUUGACUUGAGUUUUCUGAGACAUGGAAAUAUUUAAAGCGUUCGGGUUGAUGUCCCGCUGGGCGGUUCAUCCCCGGACAGAUUCAAUUUCCCGUGAUGUUUUAAUUUCUCGGCUAAUCUGACCCGAGACACGUCUUAAUACUCUUCACAAUUUUCACUGCAUUCCAGCUGAGGCAGUCUACAAUCUCUUGAAGUACUAAUGACCUUGAAAUGUACGGACCAGUUGGCAAUGGUGGCACCAGCAGGUAGGCUGUUUACAUUCUCAGUCCGCCGCAGCUGGCUGAUCGAACCCGACGGAGUCUUGGUCGGACGUACGGUAAGAAUUCAGGCGCAAUUACCUCGCCGAAACCCUACUCGCGCACGUGUGCGCGCUGCUUCCGUCUUGCUGGAGGUCUCGAAUGUAUACCGGGAACUCUUAAGCCUUUGACCUUGCGUACCAC